CCCUGUUCUCUAUGGCGGGGCGCCGGGCGCUGUGGAGCUGCUCCCUGCAGCUCAUCGCGCUGCCCACGGCGGCGGGCUGGUCAGGUGGAACGCCGCAACCGUUCAACAGCCCCUACUGGAGACCUGCAAAGCCGCCGCCGUGGAAGGGGUGGAGCGGCACCAUGGAGGAGGAGGAGAAGGGGGACGAGACUCUUCAGGGGCGGCAGCAGCAGCCCCGGAGUUCUCCUGAAAAAGGUAUGGAUAAGAAGACAGAUGAAGAGCAGCCUUCAACUGCCUGUAACCAGUACCCUAAAGAAGCAGUGAAGAAACGUCAGAAUUCGGGUCGAGGUUCCGGGAGCAAUGAUUCUUCCAGGACCUUCAGGAAAAGCUUCAGACUGGACUACAGAUUAGAAGAGGAUGUAACUAAAUCAAAGAGAGGCAAAGAUGGGAGAUUUGUCAACCCAUGGCCAACAUGGAAAUCACCAACUUUACCAAACAUUUUGAAAUGGUCCUUCAUGGAAAAAAAUAACAGCAAUGUGCCACGCUCCAAGCAGGAACUCGACAAAGAACUUCCAGUGUUACAACCUUACUUUGUUCAAACGCCAGAAGAUGCUGGGAAAACAGGAGCUGGUAUGCGAGUCACAUGGCUGGGACAUGCCACGGUUAUGGUGGAAAUGGAUGAACUUAUAUUUCUUACUGACCCAAUCUUCAGCCAGAGAGCUUCCCCUAUUCAGUUGUUGGGUCCCAAGCGCUUCCGAGGGCCUCCGUGCACAGUAGCGCAGCUCCCCAAGAUAGAUGCGGUGUUGAUCAGCCACACCCACUACGAUCAUCUGGACUACAACAGCGUAGCGAGUCUGAACGAACGCUUUGGGAGCGAGCUGCGCUGGUUUGUGCCUCUGGGGCUCCUGCAGUGGAUGCAGAGAUGUGGUUGUGAGAAUGUGAUUGAACUGGAUUGGUGGGAGGAGAACUGUGUCCCUGGUCAUGAUGCAGUAACUUUUGUCUUCACCCCUUCCCAGCAUUGGUGCAAAAGGACUGUGACAGAUGAUAACAAGGUUCUCUGGGGCAGCUGGUCUGUCCUGGGACCUUGGAAUAGGUUUUUCUUUGCAGGAGAUACUGGAUAUUGUUUUGCUUUUGAACAAAUAGGUAAAAGGUUUGGACCUUUCGAUCUUGCAGCCAUCCCCAUUGGAGCUUAUGAGCCAAGGUGGUUUAUGAAAUACCAGCAUGUGGAUCCUGAAGAAGCAGUAAGAAUCCAUAUUGAUGUUCAAGCAAAGAAGUCUGUAGCAAUUCACUGGGGGACCUUUGCUUUAGCAAAUGAGUAUUACUUGGAUCCUCCGGUUAAAUUGAAUGAAGCUCUGGAAAGAUAUGGCUUGAAAAAGGAUGACUUCUUUCUCUUACGUCAUGGAGAAUCACGGAAUUUGAAUACAAAUGACCGUUUUGAAAACUGAAACAAUGUCAGUUCCUUAAAGUCUUAAGCAAGGGCUGUGGUAUUUUUUCUAAUAGCUUCCCUAUAAUUUUCAAGCUGAAUGAGAGAUUACAGCAUUGUUCAGUGUUAUAAAACUUGGCCAAAUGUAUCUGUAUCCAAAUGUCUUGCUAAUUUACAGAAUUAAAGCCUACUGUUGCCAAUAAAAAGGAUUGUUAUUCUCCUUCAUAAUUUCAUUGGCAAAUCAUGUUUUGUUUAUGAUUUCUUUGGUUGGUAGGAUAUGUGGGUUGGUUUGAGGGUUUUUUUUUUUUCUCUUGCUGUACAUUUUAUUUUCAUAUCCCAUAAAGAUACAUAUAUAUAAAAAAAGAUACAUUAUUUAAAGGCAUUAACUUCUGGCAACUAAUCAAAACCAGUUAAUGAGAUUUCAUGGUAGGAACAACUGAAUCUUUUAACUGUAGACAGUUAUCAAAAGUGAUUUAAAACUACCCUGUGAUUCAGUGUAGAGGGUCUUUCAGGUGAAGUCCCUUGUAUUUUCACAACAGGUUCAAUUACAACUUGGGUGAUACAAUGUAUAUUACCUAUUUGUAAUUUUGUGGAGGACACCAAGCUGCAAGGAGUUUUGAGUAUUUUGAAGGACAAGUUUAACGAGCUUGAUUUUGUUGUGGGUUGUUUUCCUUUCCUGUUUUAAUAAUCAUCAAUAGGUUAUUCUGUAAAAUUAUAUACUUUAGAAAGAGUGAAACUAAAACACAGAAUACCUAGAUGACCAAUCACAGAGCAGAGAAAUACUGGCUUACAUGGAUCAGAAACUCAAUGUCAGUAAUGACAUGUUUUGUUUUCGAUCUGUUAAUUCACAUUUGUACCUAGAAUGGUGACCGUUAUGUUUUGCUUGGUGCUGAUAAGAUUCCACCAAGGGUGUGGGGUAAGUGAUAAAAAAUGAGACAUCUUUACAUAAAAGUACAUUGGAAAGUUUUGCAUGAUUUCAAAACAUCUCAAGAGCUCUGUGAAGAAAGCAUUUAAAAAUAGUUCCUUCUAGACCAGAAAAAGAAAACUGAGACAAUACUGUAACAAGUUCUUAUGUAUUUUUAGAAAAGGUCACUUGUUUCUAUCAGCUGUCAAAGCAACAGAUAAGAGAUCAACUGUAUCAAAAAGAUAUUUGAAAAACUUAUUUUUAGGUUGAAGAACACAGAAAGUGACAUCUAGAUAUCUCUGUUGUUGAUCUUAAGCCAUGUAUCAGCUAUACCUAGAACAAAUUGGUCCUAGUGUCUUGUCAGGAGGGUAGUUAAAUUCUUAGUGUCUGGCCUAGUCUUUAUUUUUUUUAGUCAAAUUCAGUAGCAGAAAAUAUUAAAUCUACAAAAAGUUGCAAAACAUUAAGUGAUUGUAAUGUAACUUGCUUAUUACAAACU